AAAAGUAGUGGCUCAGAUCUCGGGAAUCAGGUGACGCCAAGAUCCCACUAGUACAGGACCCCAGGGGGAACACACCACCUCAGACCUUGAGGAGAAUCUUGGAUUUUUGUCAGAGGAAAAUCAACUUUCGUCAACAUCGAAUUUUGAAGCCGGAGGAACGACGUUUCUGCCGCCAGAAUCGACCGCAGCGCGUCCCGAUCGGGGUCUCUAGUACUAAGGGUGGCUUGGGUGUCCACCAACCUCGGAGAUCUGAACCAGUACUCUAGUUUAUCCUCUUCGGCCUUGAGUCUUUGAAUUUCCCUCCAUUGUUGUUGUGAUCGACCAUAACCUAAUGGAAGCAUUCCCAUGUGUUUGCGGCUUGUCCGACAGUACCUGUGAUUGCCUUCGAGUCAGAAUGAGCGGUGAACUAGGAAAUAGGAGUGAGGAGAUUCCCCAGUGCUCGAAAAAUGCUGUUCUGGUGGAGAGCCAUCCCCUACCACAAGACACUCCCAGGGUCAGAGGAUAUGACUUCAAUCAGGGAAUCAAUUACUACGAAUUAUUGGAGACCUACAAGUAUUCCGGUUUCCAAGCCACGAAUUUUGGUCUCGCAGUCGAGGAAAUCAACAAAAUGCUGAAUGAAAGAGACAAACCUCUGAGUGAGGACGAGCAAGACAAUUAUGAGGAAGACGAAUUUAUUCGCAGGAAGAGCUCCUGUACCAUCUUCCUCGGGUACACCUCCAAUAUGGCUUCCUGCGGAGUCAGAGAGUCCAUUCGGUUCCUCGUUCAACAUAAAAUGGUAGAUUGUAUUGUGGCAACUGCUGGAGGCGUUGAGGAAGACUUGAUCAAGUGCCUGGGGCCCACGUAUCUCGGUAAAUUCGAAUUGGAUGGGAAGCAGCUGAGAGAUCAGGGCAUAAACAGAAUCGGGAAUCUUCUAGUGCCUAAUAGUAAUUAUUGUCUCUUUGAGGACUGGCUGAUGCCUAAAUUGGAUGCCAUGCUUCGAGAGCAGAAGGAGAAGGGGACUGUCUGGUCACCCUCAAAGAUAAUUCAACGUCUCGGAGAAGAGAUAGCCAAUCCAGAGUCUAUUUACUACUGGGCAGCAAAGAAUAAAAUUCCAGUAUUCAGUCCGGCUUUGACUGAUGGCAGUCUGGGAGACAUGAUGUAUUUCCAUUCGUUCAAAAAUCCUGGAUUGAUCGUUGAUAUUUUAUCAGACUUGAGGAGAUUAAAUACGAUGGCUGUGAAGGCGGUGAACACUGGAAUGAUUAUAAUUGGGGGAGGUUUGAUCAAACAUCACAUUUGCAAUGCUAACUUGAUGAGAAACGGUGCGAACUUCUCAGUAUUCCUAAACACAGCCUCCGAGUUCGACGGCAGUGACAGUGGAGCCCGCCCUGACGAGGCAGUCUCCUGGGGAAAAAUUCGGAAGGACGCAACACCAGUAAAAAUUUACGCAGAAGCCUCUCUCGUCUUUCCCCUACUCGUGGGGGAGACCUUCGCCCGAAGAUUUCACCAAAAGCCCGCAAAUCCAUAAUUAAGGGAAACAAUUAUCUACCUAAUUCCCGAAUCCCCCAGAAAAGAAAAAAUC